GCCCUUCGUGACAAGUGUGUACACGUGCCGGUAUCCGGCCACGGAAUUUUGCCGGGUUUUCUAGCCUUUUUCUCCCUUCUACUUGAAGAAUAACGUCGCUUGAAGUUGGUAUCUAGAAAGAUUGAUAAAAGAGCUACCAGUAGCUGCAUUUCGGACUAGUAGCAUCAGAAAUGCCUUCUCAAGCUACUAGUAUACAACCAGUGUCCUCCACACCAAAGAAACGCCACUGUCCAGUCAGUGAUGAGCAAACCUCAUCCAAGAAACUGAAACUAAAUGGCAAAACUGAAACUAGAUGGCCAAACUUCACUACUACUAGUACUCGGGCAGUGAAGCCCCCUACCGACUCUGAGAGGAACUGCAGCAGUAAUGAACGUUACCUCGCCAUGGACUGUGAGAUGGUUGGCUGCGGACCUCGAGGCUCUGUCAGCGCUCUCGCACGUUGCAGCAUCGUCAGUCACAGCGGACAGACCGUAUACGACAGGUACGUCAAGCCGCAACAGCGUAUCACCGAUUACCGCACCCCAUACAGCGGUAUAUGUCCCAGACACAUGCUGCAAGCUGUACCCUUCGCACAAGCACAAGAGGAAGUGAGGAAGAUUUUACACAACAAAGUCGUGAUCGGGCACGCUGUCUACAACGAUUUCAAAGCGUUGGAGUUCGGUCACCCGCGCGAGCUGACCAGAGACACGUCCAGAUACCCCGCGCUGAAUCUUCUCGGUGGGUUUCCGGCCACAAGUCCCGUGUCCUUGAAGAGACUUUCAAGGAGCCUGUUGGGUCGUACAAUUCAGCAGACGGGGCAUUCGUCAGUUGAGGAUGCCAGGGCUACUAUGGACUUGUAUAAACUAGUUCAACACAGGUGGGAAGAAGAACUAAGAAGGAAGCAGCACUCACACCAAACCUCCAAGUUGUCAGGGUUCUCAUCCUCUUCAAGGAAUAACUGUCAGAAAACUACAAAUUCUUCCACUCCCUCACAAAACAGUGCUUUAGUAUCCCCAGGAAGCAAAAAAAAUGGUUGGAAUUCAAAAGCAUCGUGUUCAAAGAGAAUGGUAAAAACCAGAUCUGUGCAAAAUUUUCUCAGUGACGAGUACUGGUCAGGAGAGUUCCUAUCUGUGAAUCAGGGACGGUAAUAAACAUAGAGAAAUAUGAAAGUGAUUGAAACAUUAUAAAACAACAGGUCACAUGUGAUAUUUCUGUGUGUGUUUUAUUUACACACUUUCAGUGCACUGAAGAUUUAAAGUACAAUGUAAUUCUAAACUGUCAGCCAAUGUCAUAGAGCUAGCUUACAGUCCAUUUCCUAUCAUGUACUUCAAGCAAAAUCAAAUCAUAUCCAAUAAAAAUAUCAAAUAUGAAUACUAGUAUAGCAUGUUGCUACUAGUUACAUGAAUAAAAAAAUAAAGGUAUGUAAAUUUAUGUCUUAAUGUUAUUACUUAAAAGGUGAUAAUUUCAAUCCUACAACAUCAUGUGCAGUUCUAAACUUUCAAUUUCUAGAAAGAAAAAUAUGAUUCAUAAUCUUUGGUUUUGUUAAAAAGAAUUUCAUAGAAAUAUUAGUUAUGAUGAAGUUGUAUUACCAGGGUUCGAAAUACAUCUGUACUUUGUUUGCAGGGUAGGUAGUUGGAAAUAACCUGCACUUGACAAGUUUUACCUGCUUUAGAUCUGCAUAAAGAUAGAUUUCAUGUAA